AUGCACCGGAUACUACAUGGAUACGGCCAUGUUGUUGUUGCCGUAUUGUGGCAGCGUAGCGAUACACCGGAAUCGCCUGCAACCACAGCUUGGGAAUGUUUGAGUCAUAUGCUCCCAACUGCUGAGAGGUCUACUCUGCGCCCCUUUUGCCCCUUUGUGAUAAUUAAGAAUGGACCGAUCUAUGUGGCGGGCCUUGCUCAAGUGGCAGCAUCCAGGUUCGCAAGCGAAACGGGCGGGGGCCGCGUUGGCGACUUGACAAGUCAGAGUGCCUCCCCGAGUCUUUCAGAUGCAAGAAAUGAGUCGAGAUCCUUUGAUUUCACUCCUUUGCCGCUGCGGAUUAUCCUUGGGGGAAGGAAGAGAGAGAAAAAUAUAGUUUCAUUACCAUCAAGUGGACGCUCCUAUGAAGAUCAGUUGAUCAGUAUCAAUGCGGCCAGGAAGAGCUAG